GCGUCAUCGGGUCUCGAAGUCCACAGGCACUGAGUAUGGCGGCGGCUGUGCAGGCGAACCUUUCCCGGCCCUUCGAGACCCUAAUCCUAGGCUCGCGGAGACUGGUCCAUCCUUGGCGGUCGGCGAGAAUCCGCUGCUCAGCCGCCGCCUCGCCCCGACGGAGCUACAGCAUUACCCUCCUCCCCGGGGACGGCAUCGGCCCUGAGGUCGUCUCCGUCGCCAAGGACGUCCUUUCCCUCGUUGGCUCUCUCCAAGGUAUUGAGUUCCGGUUCCGGGAGGUGCCGGUCGGCGGUGCGGCGCUGGAUUCUACGGGGGUCCCUUUACCGGAUGAGACCCUCGCAGCCGCCAAGGAGUCGGACGCGGUCCUUUUGGGAGCCAUCGGAGGGUAUAAAUGGGAUGCUAACGAGAAGCAUCUGAAGCCCGAAACUGGGUUACUUCAACUUCGCGCGGGUCUCGGCGUGUUUGCAAACUUGAGGCCAGCUACUGUGUUGCCACAGCUAGUAGACUCAUCAACUUUGAAGAAAGAGGUGGCAGAGGGAGUUGACAUAAUGGUUGUGAGAGAGCUUACUGGAGGAAUUUAUUUUGGAAAACCAAGAGGUUUUGGAUCCAAUGACAGGGGUGAGGACAUUGGAUUCAACACUGAAGUCUAUUCUGCUUCUGAGAUUGACCGAAUUGCACGAGUAGCAUUUGAGGUUGCUCGAAAACGACAUGGCAAGUUGUGCUCUGUUGACAAAGCCAACGUUUUGGAGGCUUCGAUGCUAUGGAGGAAAAGGGUGAAUGGGCUGGCUUCUGAGUUCCCUGAUGUUGAGUUGUCCCACAUGUAUGUGGACAAUGCAGCAAUGCAACUUAUUCGAAACCCAAAACAGUUUGAUACUAUUGUGACAAAUAACAUAUUUGGUGACAUAUUGUCCGAUGAAGCAUCCAUGCUUACUGGAAGCAUCGGUAUGCUUCCAUCUGCCAGCAUUGGUGAUUUGGGUCCCGGACUUUUUGAGCCCAUCCAUGGCUCUGCUCCAGAUAUCGCUGGCCAGGACAAAGCGAAUCCAUUAGCGACGGUACUGAGCGCUGCGAUGCUAUUGCGAUAUGGACUAGGUGAAGAGGAAGCUGCAAAGAGGAUCGAAGCUGCAGUUAUAAAUACCUUGAACAGAGGGUUCCGAACUGGUGAUAUUUUUUCUGGCGGAACGACGUUGGUCGGCUGCAAGCAGAUGGGAGAAGAAGUGCUUAGAUCUGUUGAAGCUGGGAAACAGGUGGCUGCCCUGCACUGAUACAUUCUGUUGUUCUAUCCAUCAUCAUUUUGCUAGUGAUACAUGGUGAGGGGCACCCUAGUACAAUGAGACAGACGAAUCAAGAUAAUUUCUGAACUGAGGACCGAAUUAAUAAGUGGUUCUAUAUUAUUGUCAUGGACGUAUUCUGUUGUUCUAUCCAUCAUCAUUUUGCUAGUGAUACAUGGUGAGCGGCACCCGAGUACAAUGAGACAGAUGAAUCAAGAUAAUUUCUGAAGUGAGGACCGAAUUUUUAAUUA